CAACUGGGAGUUCUCACAAAUGGGAGGACACCUUUACAGGUAGUGUUGGAAUAAGUGAAGGAAAGGCAUCCACAUUUUGACAUGCUUGGAUCAUGUGUAUGUUUCUGUGGGGGAAUUCGGGAAUAUACACUCAGUGUCUCAAUGGAGUGUUUCUGUUUCAGCUCGAAAGUAACAGAAUUAAAAGAAGAUGUGUUUUCAUCAGAUUCCUUCAGUCAUCUCUCUCUCCACCCCUUCAUGGUAAAUGUACUGGAAGAAAGGCUGCAGCUGACACAGAUGACAGCUGUACAGCAGCGAGCCAUCCCCACAAUCCUGCAGGGUCAGGACGCCCUCAUCAAGUCACAGACUGGCUCAGGAAAGACCCUGGCGUUUGCCGUGCCUAUAAUACAGAAACUGCAGGCCUUGGAACCUCCUAUAACCCGGGCUGAUGGGCCGUACGCUAUUGUCGUAGUACCCACGAGAGAGCUGGCCCAGCAGUGCCUGCAGGUGUUUAUAAACCCAAACUCUCACACUGUGAGCCCUGGCAUUGACUCGAUAGUAUACCCAUUAUGGCUUGUGGUUCCACCAUAA